AUGCCACGCCAACGCUCUCCCUCCACCUCGGAGAUCAAAGACCCCUCAUAUGUCCAGAGCGACUCUAAAGCCAGUACCAAUAGUACGCUCUGGCAUGGCCAACCUAGGCCAGCCAAAAAGGCUCCUCGCCAGCGCCAGCUCACAGAAAGCCUUGCAUCAACCGGUAUUGAGACCAACGUGCCGACGACCAAGGCGUGGACCGAGGAGAGCAACAAGGAUGAGUUUGGGUAUCUGGUAGAGUCAGAAUACAGCCAGAGCACUGCUCUCGAGCCAUCUGGGACCUCUGUUGGGCUCAUGGAGGAUUUUGAACACGACGACGGGUUAGCAGCUCUGGCACCUCCUGCCAACCUUGUCCCGUGGAGGAAGGACGCGCCUGUCCCCUUUGAUGACGCCGUGGAGCAUCAGGAUGCCAGCGAGGAAGAAGUCGGAGAGGAACAAGUCUCCAACUUGGACCUCAACAACAUCGUCAAAGAGUGUUUCAGCCUUGGCUACGAUGUAGUCUUUGGUGUCCCGCGCUCACAAGGAGCACAGAAACGCUUUGCAGCCUGUAUGCGGGUCCUCGGCAUCCAAGACCCCCUGCCUACCUUGACUGCGGUACGUGAUGUGCUCACCGGCAUCAUUCCACCCAGCUCACCCAGCAUCAAGGAGCGCCUGGCUUCUAUCCUGGGUGACGUGGUGCAUGCAAGUCCUGAUACGGUCAAGCGCACCCUCUACUUGCGGAGCUUGCUUCAGAGUGUUUGUCUGAGCAGGCAGCUGCAGUGGGCCAAGGAUCACAAGAGGGAGACGGGCUUCCACAGUGCCACAGCCAGGAAGCAAGAGUUGGAGCGUAGGAUUGCAGUGCAUGGAGAGAACGCCUGCACGCCUGUGGUCUACCUGGGCCAGACAAUGGGCACUGCAAUGGAGCGUGCCAUUGCCGACUACGAGAGGGGCUACGCACGUCCAGCAGCGCUCGAGGUGGUCAACCUGUUCAAGCUGCCAGAGUGGUGCGGCUCAGCGGAGCUCCACAUGGUGGAGCACAUGUUCCUCUACAUCUGCAACACCCUCCGACUGGCCAACACCUCUCCCGGCUCAGCAGCGCCUCGUUCUCUGCCAGGCCAACGCUUGGACUGGAUGCACGUAGAGCCUAGGCACCUGCAGGAGCUUCGUUUUGCAAACUGGGAGAUGCCCUCUCAUCUCAGCGUCGAGCAGGACUGCUGCUCAGGGCGGGAUGCCUUUAUCCUUGUUCUGACUCGUGCUAGGCACAGCAAGGCGGAUGGCAGAAGCAUGCGGGCAGCGGUUCAAAUGUGGCUAUCCACACUGAACCAGCUCUCUGUGGGCGAGGACAACGAGGCUGCAGAGGAAGAAGACAGCCAAGGAUCAGCACGACCCAGCAGGCCUCCUCCUCACCACCGGACUGCAAUCUUUAUCCCUGGCGGAGAAGAUUACGACACUUUUUACCGCAAGUGCAUCGCAGCCGGUUGCACCUUUUCCUCCAAGCCAGCAUUUGCCCACCUCGGCCGCAAGAUCGCCGCCGCCUCUCCAGUGGAUGCCAUGGUGCAUCCGUACAACGCCAUUCCCGACAUUGUACACGUCUCUGGUUUGCUCGACUGGCCGGUACCGGUCAUCACUUCUCUCUCCUUGGCCGUUCCCUUUGGUCACAAGGCUACGUGCCUGGAGCACGAGCACGUCAUUGCUCGAAUGUUUGCGGUCUCUGUGCACAUGGUCCUCUCACCCUCGGUCCCUGUCACCACCCUCUCUCCUGCUCUGCAGGAUGUCUUGGAUGGCCCGGCACCUCAGACAACAGACAGCAGCUCCUAUCUCUAUUACAUCGAGUCUGACCCCUUAUACAACGCAAGCCAGGAUCUCGAACACAGAUACAAAGCUGAUGCGCAGGUCGCAGAGAAGCCUAGACUGUGCAUCCAGGGCAGUGGUGGCCAGCACUUCACUUUUCCUUUGAAGAAUGCUUGGGCUGGUUGCCACAUUGUUGGUCAUGUGGGGGUCAGGGUGCAGCAAGGGGUCAAGUUGAACAGCAGCAAGGAGGGCUCUAUGUACAGAGAGCCCACAACCAACAACCUUGCCAACACGUUCAUUGUUGCAAGGCUGACUUGCAAUCUCAGCAAGCAGGACACCAGACUCCAAAGCUUUGCAGAAGAUUGA